AUGGAUAAGUUCGAAGAAUCUUGGGCAGAACAACUGAAAAAAUUGUCCGAUAUGAAUAUUCGAUUAGACAUCAAAGAUGAGAGACGAAAUAAAUACGAAGAAACAACUGAAGCAUCGCUAGAAACAAUCAAUAAUCAGACAUCGUAGGUUCUCCUUUUUUGUAUUUUUCUGAAAACUGUAAAAUUAUUCCAGGAAAGUUCGUAAAGUGUCUGACAUCACUUCAAACAUCAAACUUUUAUCCGGUCGAAUUUCUGAUGAAAAAGUGAUAUUUGAUUGGUUCUCAAUUCGAAAUCCUCUUGAAAUAAUGCUCGCAUAUUUCGAUUGUUCUAGAAUUCUCAAAGAUUCAAAUGAUCUAUCAAUGCGGGUUACUGUACUGGAUUUAUCAGAAAUGAAGUUAACAAAACUUGCUGGAAUUCAAGAAAUGGUUAACGUCCAAUUUUUAUCGUUGCGCAAAAAUAAGCUAACAUCGCUUAAAAAAUUGAAUCGACUUCCACUUCUUAAACUUCUUGAUGUUUCUUCGAAUCAUAUUUCGAAACUCGAGAAUUUACCAAGUUCGAUUAUUUAUUUGGAUGUUUCAUCGAAUCGAUUGCAGAAUUUGGCAUUUUCUCAAAAUUUGGCCAAUUGUAGACAUUUGAAAUUAUCGAAAAAUCAAAUAAAAUCGAUGAAAGGAUUAGAGAUUUGUGGAGCUGCGGAGAUUUUAUUUUUGAAUGAUAAUUUGUUGAAAGAUCGAAAUGAGAUGGAAAUUUUGAAAGUAAGUGGGAAUAAUUAGAUGAAUUUAGAUAAUCUGAAACACUACAGUAAUCCUAUUUUUAUAUCCUACAGUACUUCUUAAAAUUCAUUUUCCAGAACAUGCCCAAAUUAACCCACGUGGAUUUGUCACAAAAUCCAAUAAGUCAAAUGGAUGGAUAUAAAUCGAAAAUUAUGCAAAAUGCCCAGUUUUUGAUAUCGCUUGACAGACAAUUGGUGAGUUUUCGCGCGAAUUUCAAAACUCCACUUUUUUUUUCAGAUUCCGGUUGAAGAACGACAUAUUUCUACAUCAAAACAAGCUUCGAGAGGACUGAGUUUGGAACUUAUUGAUAGAAUGUGAGUUAUUUUUUCUUCAAAAAAAAUUUGAACACUUUUUGCAGAUGUCCUGAAUGGAAAUCCAAACAAGAACUAAUGAUAGUUGAUCAGAAAAUCGAGCAAAUAAUUCUCGAAAAAUCGCAACUCGAAGAGUUAUCGCAUGUUCGACUAAUGGAUUUAUCGAAAAAUAAAUUGUCAAGUGUCAAAGAAAUUCAGACAUUGAAUAUAACAAGUCUGGAAUUAUCUGAAAAUUCGCUGAAAAACAUUGCAAUUUCGGGAGAUUUUGAGGUUUUUCGGAAUUUGGAGAAUUUGAAUAUUUCGAAUAAUUCAAUUACAAAUACCACUUUGAUUCGAUUAGGAUUGAAUUUGUUGGCCAAAUUGAAGAAUAUUGAUUUGUCUGUGAACUGUUUGGUAAAGUGAGUGAGAUGUUUAGAGAGUGGAAACUUUGGGACCAAAAUUGAAGGAAAAUAAAAACCACGUGUGAAUUUUCAGAUUCGACUGCAAUUUCUUCGAUCUCCCAUCUUUGGAAUCAAUAGAUUUGAGUAGUAAUAACCUAAUCAAAACAAUUGUUAGAAGACCAUUGAAAAGUGUCACAAAUCUAUACCUUCAAAAUAAUCGAUUAUCAACACUUUCCCCACUUUCCUGCCCGAAUUUAGUUGUUCUGAAUAUUUCGAAUAACAAGUUAGCGUCUUGUGCUUCCCUGAAACCACUAACUGAAACGAGAAAUUUGCAAAUUUUGGAUUGCCGCAAUAAUUCAGUGACUGAGAGAAGAGUUUAUGUGGAUUUUAUAAAAUCACAAGUUCCAUCAGUUAUUCAAUUAGAUGAUGAAAAAAUGAAUGAUGAGAUUGAAAUGACUAGAAGAAGAUUAUCGAAAGCUAUUGAUUUGAAUUCGAUGUCAAGGAGGAAUAGGUAGACAUCAGAGAUUGAAUUUUGGUUUUGAAAAACAUUUUUUUGUAGCAUGGUAACUUCCUCAAUGCUAUCCUGGUUUGAAAAACAAGAAUCGGAGAUGUUGGAAAUACCAAGGUCUACCAGUUUUUUGGAAGAGGCACCUAGGAAAUCGGGAAUUCGUUUGGAACCUAUUAAGGGGCGGAAAAUCAACGAUUCAGAGGGUUUUAUGCUUUUUGGCACGAAGAUUCAAAGACAUUCGAAGAAAUAA